AUGUCUGGAAUUUUUCCUAAAGAAGCAAUAAAGAAUACUGCUGAAACAAUUGGAAUAUCAAAUCUAAAAGACAAUGUAGCAAAUGCAUUGGCACAUGAUGUAAUGAUUCAAAUUUACUGUGUGUAA